AUGUUCAAUGGCUCCGCUCCUCCAAAUGGAGGCGGCGGCGAUGCCAACAAUCUGGCCGCUAACCCAGGCAUCGUCAAGGUCGUCUUGGAAGCGUUGCAGAGCAAUGGUUCCAAACCCGUCGUCAGCCUCGAGCAGCAUGCAUUGCUCCUCGAGACGCUGCUCUCUGACGCGGUGCCCAGCACUCCCGUCCUUCACCCGGCACAGCGUCAACGUCUCUUUAAUGCCAUCGCAGACAAGGUUGGCGCAGAUGCUACUGCCGAUGCUGUGCGUCAAGCGCUGCCCAAGCUUAAGCUCAAGCCCGAGAAGAAUGUCGCUGAUCUGCUGAUCGAGCUCGGUGUCAAGAGCCUCCCCACCGUCGACACCGCCCUCGCUGUUUUGCAGCGCUUCGGUUUAACUGAGGCAAACCCACCAGAGGAUCGCAUCGUCUCCGAGAUCCUCGCCAUCCUACUUUCAGUCGAUCCGGCCAUCUUCGAAAGCGAUCGCGUCACCAACUUUGCCAACCUCGUCCGAGCGCUCGCUUCCAUCAAGCAGCAACUCUCCUGGCCCCGCAUUGUUCGCGGUCUGGAUGAGCUUGAUGGCUUCAACCUUUCCUUCCAUGGACACAUGGCCGGUAUGGCUGAGGUGCUGCUUCAUGCUCCCGUGCAGAGUCAGGGGCAGGUCUCGGCUGUCUCAGGUCUUUGGGGCCCUUGGAUGCACCGCCUCAGACAGCUACAGAUCUUCCACGGUCUUCUCGCCCUCGGCUCCGAAAGGUUCAGCUUUGCCUCGCUUCCAGGAAGACACAUACUUACCUCGGAGCAGGUCAACGAGGCUCCCAACAGUGUUCGUGAACUCGCCAGCAACCAGCUGGUGCCCAGCCCGUACAACUCGCUCGAUCUUGUCGAGACUCUCAUCGAGAUCUCUGCUUCUGACGAUCAAGGUAUACGCUCUGCUGUACAAGAAGUGCUCGAGCAGGCUGUCAAGUCGUGUCCUGAGCUCAUCUUGCUCGGACUUGUGCAGAUCCCUCAGCCUUGGAACGCCGUACACGCCGAGCUCGCCUCCCAGCUGCUCACCCUGUUCAUGACGCCUCACAACAGCAGUCUUCUCGUCUUUCACCGCAUCUGGAAGACACAGGGCGAGUACCUGCUCAACGCCUUCCGCAACUUCUACCUCGAGAACCAGCUCAACCUCACUCGCAUUGUCGACGUCGCUCAGAGUCUUGGCAUCGUAGAUGAUCUCGUUGAAGCCCGACCUUUUGCCUUCGCUCUCGAUGUUGCCGCCUUGGUUUCUCGACGUGAGGCUAUUGACCUCGACGCUUGGCUGCAGGACAACAUCAACCGCCACGGCAGCGACUUCAUCCGUGCCGCCCUCGAGUUCCUUGACAUCAAGGCCAAGGACGACCUUGCCAAGCCCGACCCGCACGCCGAACAGAGCUUCGUUCCGCUUACCGUACAGAACGUCGCCAGCUUCCUCAAAGCGCUCCGAUCGAACGGCGAGAGCAUGAGUGCGGAGGAGAUCGAUUUCUUCAAGGGAGUUCGCAACGUCUGCCUUCAGCUCCACCCUCGUCUCAUGAACCUCGCUCCCGGUGCCGAAGGUCAGGAGCCAGGUCUGCAGGUCGUCACCUUCUCGCAGGACAUUCACGAGGAAGCCGACUCCUGGUACCGACAGAUGUACGAAGGCAAGAUCAGCAUCGAAGAUAUUGUGGUGCUGCUGCAGCGCACCAAGGCAUCCGACAACGUGCGAGACCAUCAGACCUUUGCUUGCAUGGUGCACACCCUCUUCGACGAGUACCGCUGGUUCGAGAUGUACUAUCCUCCACGCGAGCUCGAGAUGACAGCCGUCGUAUUCGGCUCGCUCAUUCAGUACCAGUUGAUCGACUACAUCCCCCUCGGCAUUGCCAUUCGCUAUGUUCUCGACGCUUUGCGAAACCCACCGGACUCGAACAUGUUCAAGUUCGGUCUGCAGGCUUUGUUGCGCUUCCAGAACCGCUUGUCUGAAUGGCCUCAGCUUUGCCAAGCACUUCUGUCCAUGCCUCACCUCCAGCAAUCGUAUCCCAACAUCAUCCGUCUUGUCAAGAUGGCUCUUGCCGGCCAGCUACCGGGCGCAGAUGUCGGGAUGCCCGGAGGACAGUCGCUUGAGGACAAGAAGGUCCCCUUCCCUGCGAUCCGCCCUGAUCCUCUUCCUCAAGACGGCGAACAGCGCGAUCCCAACGAAGAUGUGACCGACAAGGUCCUCUUCCUCGUCAACAACCUUUCACCCGUCAACCUUGACUCCAAGCUCGGUGACGCCCGUCAACUCAUUACAGCCGACACCUACCGCUGGUUCUCCAACUACUUGGUCCUACAACGUAUCAGCAUUGAGCCUAACAAUCAUGGCCUCUACGCUCAGUUCCUCGAUGGUUUGGAGGCCAAAGGUCUCAUGACCUACAUCCUGCACGAGACGCUCUCCAAGUGUCAGAUGCUGCUCAACAGUGACAAGACUGUUCAGUCGACGCAGGAGCGCAAUCUGCUCAAGAACCUGGGUUCAUGGCUCGGAAGCCUCACUCUGGCCCGGGACAAGCCCAUCCGUCACCGCAACAUCGUCUUCAAAGAUCUCCUCAUCCAAGGCUAUGACAGCAACCGACUCAUUGUAGCCAUUCCCUUCGUCUGCAAGGUCAUGGAGCAGUGUGCCAAGUCCAACGUCUUCAAGCCGCCCAACCCGUGGCUCAUGGCGGUGCUGCGCCUCAUGGUCGAGCUCUACCAAUUUGCAGAGCUCAAACUCAAUCUGAAGUUCGAAAUCGAAGUCCUCUUCAAGGGUCUCGAUGUCGAACUCAAGGAUGUGCCUCCCACCACCAUCCUCCACAACCGACCCAGUGCCGAGCUGCUGCAACAGCAACACCAGCAACAACACCAGCAGCAGCAGUCUUCGGGUCAACUCCAGCAUCUCAGCCAACAGCAACAACACCAGGCCGCUGUACAGAUGCAGCUGCAGCAGCAACGUCAGCAUCAGCAACAGCUCUCUCAGCAACCUGCCACCGGCAUUGCCCAGGGUCUCGAACGCCUCUCGAUUGCCGGCGGAUAUGGCGCUGCAGCCGAUGGUCGCAUGGCUCCUCAGUCGCAGAAGGCCAGCGCGGCUGCAGCUGCCGUUGCCGCAGCUGGAUCGGGCGCUCAGCCUGGCCAGUCGGCCGCCGCUGUCACUGCCUACACCGAGACGCUCGUCUCCAUGCUCCAGAGCCUGCCGCAGUACGUGGUCAUCAACCCGCAGUUCACCAUGUUCAGCAACAAUGCAGCUUUCAAGAGGCUCAUCUACGUCGCCAUUGACCGCGCUAUCCGCGAGAUCAUCGCGCCUGUCGUCGAGCGAUCUGUCACGAUUGCUUCCAUCUCGACCCGCGAACUGGUCACCAAGGACUUUGCAAUGGAGGGUGACGAAGAGAAAAUGCAAGCCUCGGCUCAUCAAAUGGCCCAGAACCUUGCCGGCAGCCUCGCUUUGGUUACCUGCAAGGAGCCUCUGCGCAUCAGCAUGAUCGCCAACGCCCGCACUUUGCUCCUCGCCAACGGCUUCACCGAGCAGAAUUUGCCUGAACAGGCAAUCAUGGUCAUCAUGCAGGAGAACCUCGACCUGGCUUGCUCCGUCAUCGAGAAGGCAGCCAUGGACAAGGCUGUGCCCGAAGUUGACGAAGGCCUCACCAACGCAUACUCGAGCCGACGCGAGCACCGCACCCGUGGUCGUGGCUAUUACUGGGACAGCGCCGCUUUGGCUGCCUCGCAGUACGCCGCCACCCUGCCAGACAUGCUUCGUCUACGCCCCGAUGGUCUCUUGCCCGCCCAGCUUCGUGUUUACGAUGGCUUCAGCCGUCGCAUGUCUCCUGGAGCUGAUGCUGAUCGAGAUACCCCUGCAUCGGUUCAUGCAUCGUCGGUCUCCGGACGCUCUGAGGCUGGUUACCCUGACACUCCUGCAUCCGCUGCGGGCAUCGUCGGAGCCGGUGCCAUUGGUGCAGCCACUCUGCAGCAGGCUGGUGCCAACAUCCCUGCUGGUCUGCUUCCCAUCGCUGCUGGUGGAACUCUCAGCGCUCAGCAGUCGCUCGAGAAGUUCUCGCAGGGCAUGGCCGAGCUUGAACGCUUGCUUGAAGCUGCUGACCAGGACGCUGGUCUCAGCGAGUUGCCUCAGGAUCACGAGAUCCAACAUGCUCUCCGCCUCAUCCCCAUGGUUGUAGCUCAGUCCAGCAGCCGUGACGAGACCGCUCUGGCCUUCUCGCAGAAAGUCGUACAGCUGCUUUUCAAGAUCGACUCGAAGCUCGGUCGCGAAGUCUACGUUGUUUUGCUCGAUCGACUUUGCGAGAUCUCGCUCAAGGCGGCUCGCGAGGUGUCUGCUUGGCUCAUUUAUGCCGAGGACGAGCGCAAGUUCAACGUUCCUGUCACCGUGUCUCUCGUGCGCGCUGGUCUGGUUAACAUCGCCGAACUCGAUGUUCAGCUGGCCAAGCUGAUCCUGCGUGACUUCCGUGGCAGCGUGAUCGACUUUUCUGCGCAGCUCGCCCUCGAGUGUCUGCAGGAGCCUGCAUGUGCUACUCGUCAGCAGCUCAGCAACACCGUUGAAGCUCUUCAGCGUGCUGACCAGCGAGGCAAGGCCACUGAGGCUUCGAAGCGUUUCUUGCACGACCUCGAGAGUGGAUUGCUCAAGAGCAAGGUCGAUGUAGGCAACACGGCUCUGCGUGAGCAGCUUGCCUACUGCUUUGCCGAAUGGGCUCGUCUCUUCCAACACUCGCCCAAUCCGGAAAAGUCGUUCAUCGACUACGUCACGCAGCUGCAGACCCAGGGCAUCCUCAAGGGCGAGGACAUCUCGUCGAUGUUCUUCCGCGUCUGCACUGAAGUCAGUGUCGACAGCUACAUCAAGCAGAAGGCUGUGGGCGGCUCGCCUGCCACUGGCAUCUUUUCGCCGAUUGACGCCUUCUCGCGUCUGAUUGUGCUCAUGAUCAAGUAUCACGCCGACCCGACUGGUGCCAACAACGAACAGGCCAAGGUACACUAUCUCACCAAGAUCCUUUCAAUUGUUGUGCUGGUGCUCGCACAGUCGCACGAAGAGCUUGGUAUUCACUUCCAGCAGAAGCCCUUCUUCCGACUAUUCUCGAGCUUGCUGCACGAUCUGCACGCUACCGAGUCAAAUUUGGGUCCCGCCUAUACGCAGGCCCUUCUGGCUAUCAGCAACACGCUCAACACGCUGCAGCCUUCGUUCUUCCCGUGCUUCACUUUCUCGUGGAUGUCGUUGGUCUCGCAUCGCCUGUUCAUGCCCAAGCUGCUUCAGGCGAACCAGCGUGAAGGAUGGGGUGCAUUCCACCGCCUCUUCGCAUCAUUGCUGCGAUUCAUGUCGCCUUUGCUCCACAAUGCCGAAUUGCAAGACACGUCGCGACAGCUGUACCGCGGUACUCUGCGUAUCCUGUUGAUCUUGCUGCACGACUUCCCCGAGUUCCUGUGCGACUAUCACCAGAGUCUUUGCGACUUGGUGCCUGCUUCGUGCAUCCAGCUGCGCAACUUGAUCUUGAGCGCCUUCCCGCGCAACAGGCGCUUGCUGGAUCCGUUCAGCCCCAACUUGCAGAUGAGCUUGUUGCCCGAAGUUGGACAGCCUCCUCACAUUGCUUCGGACUACAUGGCUGCGCUCAACCAGGUUCAAGGUCUACGAGGUGCCAUUGACGCUCACUUUGAGCAGGGACGAGGUGGCGAGUUGUCCGAGCAAUUGCUAAGUGUUCUGAGGCAGACUACUACAGGCAACAGCAACAGUAACAGCAACAGCAGCAACAAGGACGACGCAGCCGCAUCCGCAAGCAACGGUGCAUCUUGGCUCUCAGGAAGCGGAAUCAACGUAGCUGUGAUCAACUCUUUGGUGCUCUACCUCGGUGUUCGAUCUAUUGAAUCUCGACGCAGUGGCAACGAGGACAACGGUGCAGCAGUCCUUCGUUGGCUCGUGACCGAAUCCGAGCCAGAGGCUAGAUUCUUGGUUAUCACCGCAGCAGCCAACCAGCUUCGAUUCCCUUCGAGCCACACCGUUUACUUCUCCUCUGCCAUCCUCCAGCUUUUCGGUGAAAGCGAAGACGAGCUUGUCCGCGAGCAAAUCGUCCGUGUUCUUCUGGAAAGACUCAUCAUCAACCGUCCUCACCCAUGGGGAUUGCUGGUGACAUUUAUGGAGUUGAUGAAGACCCAACGUCACCGUAUCCCGCGUGCACCGGAUGAGAUCCAACUGUUGUUGAACAACAUCUCCAACGCUCUGACGGCCAGCAGCAGUGGUGGUAUGGCAGGUGGAGCAGAAGAGCAACAGCAGCACGCGCAUAUGAACGGCCACGCCGGAUUCUUGCCUCCUCACUUGAUGUCUCAGCAGCAACAGCAGGCGUAA